AUGGAUAACGCUGCCUCUUCAACAGGACUGCAGAGGCGAGAUCUCAAUGCAAAGAUCCACAAUUAUGUUAUCACGCAUCGCCUCUACGAUCGGUGCAGUUCUGCUGCCGAAGACCAUGUUGUGGAACCGAAUAAAAUCUUCAAUAAUGAGACAGCCUUUCAUAGUCUCAUCUACAAACUCCUUGGAAUGCUCAUCUAUGCCGAUGUGCAACUAAACUUCGUCUCACAUGGGGGUAAACUCUCUGAUCUUCUUCUCGAGGGUGACUGUAUGCGGCGCAUACGACAAAUAUCUCGAAACUACCUAUAUCUCAAUCAUGGCGACAGAUAUCCGUCUUCAGAGCUCACUUACGAUAUAGAAAGUGUCGAGUGCUAUGACGUAUAUCAUGAGCAGCACAGGUUGUACCACCUGCUUAAUCAACUGUUCUGGUUUGGGAUGGGUAAUUAUCAAAGCAUCCAAAGCGAGAUUGACACACUGGAAACAAAAUAUAGCUCUUUUUUCCGCAUAGCACAUUGUGACACAAUCGACGGGAGGUAUCCGCGGAUCCGUUUCCAGAUUGAUGCCGCGGUAUGCGAAUUUUAUGCUAUUCGUUUGUAUCACUUCCGCUGCCAGGACGUGCCGUCGCCUGAUAUCCGUAUUCAAGAUUCUGUUUCAUCAUUCCUGCAGAUUGCACAUCGCCUCCAGCGCAUGAAGGCCCGCUACAGCUGGUUUGACCGAUCUCUUUUCCUCGUUGGUAUUGAAACGCGUGAUGCCAUCCACAGGGAUUGGAUACAGGGACGGAUGAUUCGGGCUGACUUGAUCCGAGCCUUGUCUAGGGUUUGGGAGGGCGAGAAGAUGUAUGGGCGGCGACUUAGCAAGGAGCAGAUGCGGGUUAUCCUGCGAGGAGAAGGGGUGCUGCAUGAUUCCGCUACAGUAGCAUCAGCUUGGCAAUAG